CCUGAGGAGCGACCCCGGCCUGGCCGUGGCCACCAUGGCCCCUACCCUGUUCCAGAAGCUCUUCAGCAAGAGGAACGGCCUGGGAGCGCCCGGUCGGGAUGCGAGGGACCCGGAUUGCGCGUUCAGUUGGCCUUUGCCAGAGUUUGAUCCAGGCCAGAUUCGACUGAUUGUAUAUCAAGACUGUGAAAGACGAGGGAGAAAUGUCUUGUUUGACUCCAGUGUUAAGAGAAAAAAUGAGGACAUAUCAGUAUCGAAGCUCUGUAGCGACGCUCAAGUUAAAGUCUUUGGGAAAUGCUGCCAGCUGAAACCUGGAGGAGACAGUUCUUCCUCUUUAGACAGUUCCCUGACUGCAUCUUCAGAUGUGAAAGACCAGUGUCCUAAGUAUCAGGGUUCUCGGUGCUCUUCUGAUGCCAAUAUGCUUGGAGAGAUGAUGUUUGGCUCAGUAGCAAUGAGCUACAAAGGAUCCACCUUAAAAAUUCAUCAGAUCCGUUCCCCUCCACAGCUCAUGCUCAGCAAAGUUUUUACUGCACGGACUGGCAGCAGCAUCUGUGGAAGUCUCAAUACGCUUCAAGACAGUCUUGAAUUCAUUAAUCAGGACAACAGUACAUUAAAGGCCGAUAAUACAGUCAUUAAUGGACUACUUGGAAAUAUAGGUCUUUCACAGUUCUGCAGCCCCAGGCGGGCGUUCUCUGAACAGGGUCCGCUCCGCCUGAUCAGGAGCGCCUCUUUCUUUGCAGUUCACAGCAACCCAAUGGACAUGCCUGGAAGAGACCUGAAUGAGGACAGAGACAGUGGCAUAGCACGCUCUGCAUCUCUCAGCAGCUUGCUUAUUACACCAUUUCCCUCUCCAAACUCCUCACUUACCCGAAGUUGUGCCAGCAGCUACCAGCGACGCUGGCGACGUAGCCAAACAACAAGUUUAGAGAAUGGGGUAUUUCCUAGAUGGUCUGUAGAAGAAAGCUUUAAUCUGUCAGAUGAAAGCUGUGGCCCUAACCCAGGAAUUGUGAGGAAAAAGAAGAUUGCAAUUGGGGUAAUCUUUUCAUUAUCCAAAGAUGAAGAUGAAAGUAACAAGUUUAAUGAAUUCUUUUUUUCACAUUUUCCUCUGUUUGAAAGCCACAUGAACAAAUUAAAGAGUGCAAUAGAACAGGCUAUGAAAAUGAGCCGGAGAUCAGCUGAUGCCAGUCAGAGGAGUUUGGCAUAUAAUCGAAUAGUUGAUGCACUAAAUGAAUUCAGAACAACAAUUUGUAAUCUUUAUACAAUGCCACGAAUUGGAGAGCCUGUCUGGCUUACAAUGAUGUCGGGGACUCCAGGAAAGAACCAGCUUUGCCAUCGUUUCAUGAAGGAGUUCACUUUUCUAAUGGAAAAUGCUUCAAAAAAUCAAUUCUUGCCAGCACUCAUUACUGCAGUUUUGACCAAUCAUCUUGCCUGGGUUCCAACAGUCAUGCCAAAUGGACAGCCACCUAUAAAAAUAUUUUUAGAAAAACAUUCCUCUCAGAGUGUGGACAUGUUGGCAAAGACUCAUCCGUAUAAUCCACUUUGGGCACAAUUGGGAGACUUAUAUGGCGCUAUUGGCUCUCCUGUACGGUUAGCAAGGACUGUGGUAGUUGGCAAACGACAAGACAUGGUCCAGAGGCUGCUUUAUUUUCUUACUUAUUUCAUAAGAUGCUCUGAACUUCAAGAAACCCAUCUUUUAGAAAAUGGAGAAGAUGAAGCCAUUGUUAUGCCAGGCACAGUAAUUACUACCACUUUGGAGAAAGGGGAAAUAGAAGAAUCUGAGUAUGUGCUGAUCACAAUGCAUAGAAACAAAAGCAGUUUGCUCUUUAAAGAGUCGGAAGAGACAAGGACUCCUAAUUGUAACUGUAAAUAUUGCAGUCGUCCACUCCUUGGGCAAAAUACAGAGAAUGUUUUCCGACAAGAGAGAGAAGAUAUUCAGAACAGCUCUAAGGAGCUGCUUGGAAUUUCAAAUGAGUGCCAAAUGAUUUCUCUGGACUGCCAAGAAGAAAAUGCUCCUGAUGUUAAACAGUACAGAGAUAAGUCAAGAACUUGCCUUGAUACCAAGUUAGAAACAGUUGUUUGCACAGGAUCUGCUCCAGUAGACAGAUGUGCAUUGUCAAAGUCAGGCUUAGAUCUAGCAGAGGAAACGUGGCAGAAUGAGGAGUUGCUAGAUUCAGGUAAUCACGCAGGUAAAGUGUUGAGAUCUGCAGGAAUGGUUGUGGAAAAAAAACCUCCAGAUAAGCUUGUGACAGCUGCAUUUUCUUGUGAGGCAACCCAGACAAAGGUUACUUUCUUGAUUGGGGAUUCUAUGUCACCUGACUCAGAUACUGAACUUCGGAGUCAGGCAGUAGUGGAUCAGAUUACCAGGCAUCACACCAAAUCACCAAAAGAAGAAAGGGGGGCUGUUGAUCAGCAUCAAGAAAGUAAACAAACGACUAAAUCUGAAGAGUCUGAUAUACCGAACACAGUAUCUGGAGAACCCUGUGAACGGCCUUGCUGGAAUCAUUCUGACCUAGAAAGCAUGAGUUUAUUUGAUGAAUAUUUUAAUGAUGAUUCAAUUGAAACCAGGACUAUUGAUGAUAUUCCACUUAAAACAAGUACAGACAGUAAACAACACUGCUGUAUGUUAGAGUUUUCAAAAAGAUUGUGUACAAAAAAUAGCAAACCAAACAAUGAAUGUUGCAAAUGUGUAGGAACAGUUCACCAAGAUUCAUGUAAAACCUGUUUUCCUCAACAAGACCAAAGAGAUACACUCUCCAUUCUUGUCCCCCAUGGGGAUAAAGAGAGUUCAGAGAAAAAAAUUGCUGUGGGAGCUGAAUGGGACAUUCCAAGAAAUGAAAGUUCAGAUAGUGCCCUUGGGGACAGUGAAAGUGAAGAUACAGGUCAAGAUGUAGCCAGACAAGGAAACAGUUAUUAUGGAGGAGAGCAGGAGGAUUGGGCAGAAGAAGAUGAGAUACCUUUCCCUGGGUCUAAGUUAAUUGAAGUGAGUGCUGUUCAGCCCAACAUUGCCAACUUUGGGAGAUCCUUGCUGGGUGGCUAUUGCUCUUCUUAUGUCCCUGACUUUGUUCUUCAAGGAAUCGGGAAUGAUGAGAGGCUCCGUCAGUGUCUGGUGUCAGAUUUAUCUCAUGCUGUGCAGCAUCCAGUAUUGGAUGAACCAAUAGCAGAAGCUGUCUGUAUUAUAGCAGAUAUGGAUAAAUGGACUGUUCAAGUGGCCAGUAGCCAGAGACGAAUGACAGAUAAUAAAUUGGGAAAAGAAGUGUUGGUUUCCAGUCUUGUUUCCAAUCUGCUUCAUUCCACUCUUCAGCUUUAUAAACAUAACCUGUCUCCAAAUUUUUGUGUAAUGCAUCUUGAAGAUCGGUUACAGGAGCUGUACUUCAAGAGCAAAAUGCUGUCUGAGUACCUGAGGGGGCAGAUGCGUGUUCAUGUCAAGGAGCUAGGAGUGGUUCUAGGGAUUGAAUCCAGUGAUCUUCCUCUCUUGGCUGCUGUAGCAAGCACUCACUCCCCGUAUGUUGCUCAGAUACUACUUUAACAUAAAGGCUGUUGGAAAUUAACUUCAGUGAAAAGUUAAGUAGAAACCAAGGAAGCAGUCACAACAUGCAUUUAUGGCAAUUUUUUUUCUCCUUCAGACUUUCAUCUGAAUGAGUCAGUCACCUUGGUAUUCUGCAUUGCAGUGCAUAUUGUGUCACCAUUGGAUGACUUUUUCAUUUUAAUUGGACUUCUGGAUGGUGGUAGAUUUUUAACCAAGUGAAACUAAAAAAAGCAUUUGGGGGAAAAGCAUUCGAAGAAGCCACAUUGUAACUUAGAAGUUUCUAUAAAAUGAGUAAAGUUGAAGAAUUUGAUUAUGAUCACUACAGUCUUGCCACAGCUCAUAAGUAGCAACAGAUAUCUCACUAAAUGGCUCAGAAAUAGUCAUUUCACUAGUUUUCUUUGUUUCUAAGGUACAAAGAUCUAUAGAGUUGUGAUUAUUUGGUUUUGUUUGUUUUUCAAUUCAAAAUAGCUAAUUUCUAAGUAUUUCUCAAUAUUUUAAACAACUUUUAAUUAAAAUAAACUCAGAAUAAAGUAUAUAAAUUUGUGUUAUGUUAUCCACCCAAGUGUACAUAUGUAUCUAUUUUUUAAAAAACCAGAGGUAGAAAUACAAGAUUGGUAAACAUGCCUUUUUAAAGAUAUAUUUUCAACUAGUAGUAAUUGUAUAUAGUGUUGAAAUAUUACUUUCCGGUGAUUUUUC